ACCGGAAGUGCAUCGUCCUCAUGCGUGUUGUCACUCAGCUGUUUAUUUAUUUACAUAUUUCUGUAUGAUGUUAGUUUGUGUUUGCGUUGACUUCACGAGCACAGUCUGUAUGGAGUUGCACAACAGAUUGUAAGAUGUUUGCUGAAGAUGCUUGUGAAGAACUUUGCACUAUUAGCAAAGAGUGAAGAACUUUGCACUAUUAGCAAAGACUCACAUGUGUGAGUUUCACAAACAGGAAGCGGGCAUCACAUGCUCUGUCAAAUCUACGAUAAAGCACAAUUUAUGGAAAUCUUUUUUCUUUUUAAUUAAUGCAUUUAAGUUUUUAUUGCGGAGUAUCUCUCGAUCAAGGAUGGUAGCGUGUCUCGAAGUCUUGCUUUAACUUUUAAAAACAGUGAUGGAGGAGCUGGAUCCAGAGGAGCACUUCCUCAGGGACGCCAGGAACGGGAACCUAGAAGGGAUCCAGAAGCUUUUGAUGUCCAAGAUAAAGGAGGAGGCCGAAAUCGACAUCAACUGCAAGGGCAAGAGCAAAUCUAAUCAUGGCUGGACUCCUCUUCAUCUGGCCUGCUACUUUGGACACAAGGAUGUUGUUGAGGCCUUACUGAAGGCUGGAGCAGAUGCCAAUUUGCCAAAUAAUGUCGGAGAUACGCCUCUCCAUAAAGCAGCAUUCACUGGGAGAAAAGAGGUUGUAAUGUUGCUUCUUCAGUACGACGCUUGCGCUUCUGUCAUCAACGGGAUGGCCCAGAUUCCUAAAGACAUUACCCAGAGUGCUGAGAUUAAAAGCAUGUUGGAGGCUGCUGAGAGGACUGAAGAGAGGAAACUAGAGGAGCAGCUGCUGGAGGCGGCGCGAGAAGGAGCCAUAUCUACCCUCACAAGACUGCUAAACAUGAAGAAACCCCCGAACAUAAAUUGCACGGACUUGUUGGGAAACACACCACUGCACUGCGCCGCUUACAGAGGCCAGAAACAGUGUGCCGUCAAACUCCUGCAGCACAAGGCCAACCCCAACAUCAAGAACAAAAUUGAUCAGACUGUUUUUGAUUUGGCUAACGAUGCAGAAAUGAAGCAGAUCAUUACUGGAAAUGUUAUGAAAGGCAUGACGCGACAUGUUAAAAUGUUCGAGGGGCCUCUUUGGAAGAGUUCAAGGUUUUUCGGCUGGCGCUCCUACUGGGUAGUUCUUCAGGAUGGAGUCUUGUCAUGGUACCCUAAACAGUCAGAUGCAGAUUCAAACACACACCGGCAAGCUUGCAAACCUCUAACACAAGCGCAGUGCAUGAUUAAAGCGAAAGAUAACAGCUAUUUCACGAUCAAGUGCUUUGACAACAGUGUUCACCAUUUCAAAGUGUCACAGAAGAACAACCCCGAAGCCAUCAGAAAAAGGUGGCUGGAGGCCAUAGAGGAGCAUUCAGCCUUCAGCACUCAUUACUGCUCACAAGACCCAGACAGCGAGGAAGAGGAAGACAACGUUGUGUCUGUACAUGAGCUUUCUGACUCACUUCAGCUGACUAGUUUACCAGCACCCAUGUUCUCCAGAAAUGACUUCAGCAUCUGGAGCAUACUGAGGAAGUGCAUUGGGAUGGAGCUGUCUAAGAUCACCAUGCCUGUUAUUUUUAAUGAGCCGCUGAGCUUUCUACAAAGACUUACAGAAUAUAUGGAGCACACAUAUCUCAUCCAUCAGGCCAAUACUUCAGACGACUCUAUUGAGAGAAUGAAGUGUGUGGCCGCGUUUGCUGUAUCAGCCGUGGCGUCUCAGUGGGAAAGGACGGGUAAACCCUUCAACCCCCUGCUAGGAGAGACGUAUGAGUUAGUCAGGGAUGAUCUUGGUUUCCGGCUGAUUUCAGAACAAGUGAGCCACCAUCCUCCCAUCAGCGCCUUUCACGCAGAGGGUUUGCAGAAGGACUUUGUGUUUCAUGGCUCCAUCUACCCCAAACUGAAGUUCUGGGGCAAAAGUGUGGAGGCCGAACCUAAGGGCAUCAUCACUCUAGAACUUCCCAAGCAUAAUGAGGCAUACACAUGGAUGAACCCCACGUGUUGUGUGCACAACAUCAUCGUGGGACAGCUGUGGAUCGAACAGUACGGCAAUGUGGAGGUUAUCAACCACAGAACUGGUGAAAAAUGCUGUCUAAGUUUCAAACCGUGUGGCCUAUUUGGCAAAGAAUUACAUAAGGUUGAAGGCUACAUCCUGGACAAGAGCAAAAAGAAAGUGUGCAACCUUUAUGGGAAAUGGACGGAGUGCAUGUACAUAGUCGACACAGCUACAUUUGAAACUCACAAGAAGAACGAGAAGAAAGCAUCAGAAGACAAGAAAAGCAGUAAACAGUCAUCUCAGACGUCAGACUCAGAAGAAACACCUCAGCCAGGAGGAGAUUCACUGGAGGUGAUCCCAGGAAGUCAGUUGCUCUGGAGAAUAGCACCUAGACCAGUCAACUCUGCCCAGAUGUACAACUUCACUACAUUCGCAAUGCAGCUCGAUGAGCUGGACAAAGAGAUUGAAGCGGUCAUCCCGAAAACAGACAGCAGACUGAGGCCGGACAUACGAGCCAUGGAAAACGGAGACAUCGACCUGGCCAGUGAAGAGAAGAAGAGAUUGGAGGAGAAACAGAGGGCGGCACGUAAGAACCGCUCUAAGUCAGAUGAUGAGUGGAAGACGAGAAACGUCGCCUCGGGCCCCAGGUGGUUUUAUCAAGGUCCAAAUCCACACAAUGGCUCUCAGGACUGGCUGUUCUCCAAUGGCUACUGGGACCGUGAUUAUUCUCAAGUACCGGACAUCUACUGACCUACAGGAAUCUUACAUCAAUAAAUUGUAUAGUCAAGACUACACGUAACGUAACUAUAAAACUAUGCAACCUGCGCUGGUUGGCCAGGUGAACAUUUCAAAUAUCAUAAAUAAUAUUGUUUCAAGAGAGAACUUUUAAACUCACUGAUCUGAAUUUAGUUUUACACUGUUUCAUAUGUACAUGCAUAUGCAACAAUCAAGGGUUUUGGGAACUACAGAUUGUGAAAUAUCAUGAAGAUUAUAAUCACAAGUUGGGCUUGAUAUAGUAAUAUCAGUGUACUGUAUUAGCAAUAAUAGUUCUGUUUUAGUCUUAUGAAAAAGGAUUUUUUUUUUAAAGAUUUGUUAACAAUGGUACAUUUUGGGUGUCCCCCAAGGCUCAAGUCUGAGUCCAUUUUGUUUUCUGUUUAUUGGCUUAAAAAUGAACUUGGCAUUUCUUAAGUUGGAACAUUCCCACUGUGUUGAGUGUGGAAUGUGGUAUAAAACAACUGGUUGUGAAAAUGACUGUUACACAUUUGGAAUCUAACUUUUUAAAAUUCAGAGUUCAUAUUCUCCACAUACAAUGCAGUAUUAGGACAGUGUGUCUAUUUCUGCUGCUCUUUCUGUUGUUGUUUUUUUUUUUUUAGAGAGAUGCCUCUGUGGUGUCACUAAUAUAUUGACUAAUGUCUUUUGUUAUAUUAUAAUAUAACAAUCUUAUUUUAAUUAUGUAUUUAUCAUGAGUCAGUUAUUCGUCUAUUUUUAAAAUUUUAAAGUAUAAAGUUGGUCAGGAACAUGAAGCUGUACUGAUCACUUGAUGCAGUCUACUUUUAA